GGUUGAGCCAAUCCCGUUGGGCGUUGGUUUGAAUCUUACUAAAACGCAGAAACAGAGGCUCUCUCUCUCUGUGUGUCUCUCUCCCUCGGAGCCCGGAGUUGUGUUGAGACUUACAGAAAUUCAAAUACUCAGCUAUCGUCUCGUCGUAUCAAAACAAUCCACCUCUACUACCUUCCUUGUUAAACUUCAAUUCCCUUCUUAAAUACCCUUCCCACUCCUUUUUAUUACUAUUUAUUUAUAAUUAUAAUUCCUUUUUUGGGCCAUUGCGGUUUAUACGCCAUAGAUAAUACAUUUCUCCUUAAUCUCCGACGGAAACCAAACCCUAGACGCUCAUUCCGGUUCUUUUGAGUUCUGGUCGUCACCACCCUCACCCAGUUGUCAGAAUGGAUAAGAGUGACGUAGAGAUGGAGGAUGCCGAGAAGAAUGCCCAAGAUGUUGAGAAUAUGGCUGAGUCUGAAACUAAUACACUCAAUUCCACUCUGAAACCUGAAGGGUCUGCUGUUGAUGGCCAACAGUCCACCGAGUCAUUGGUGGACUGCCAAGACAGUGCUAAACCAGCGACACAAGAUCAAAAUAACUACUCUGAGAGUGGGGCUAAGAGCCGAAUGCUUGCUGAAAAUGGGAACGGAGAGCAGAAGACCGCUAGUAAUAUAGUGGAAAGUGAAAGCAAUGUUAAUGAUGAGGCAGUGGGCCAGACUGGUUCAAAGGGUGUGGUAGAGGAAUUUGAUGCCAAGUGCAAGGUGGAGGACCAGAGGAAUGCUGCAAGUGAGACACCGAAACAAAAUGACACUAUAAGCCAGCCAGAGACUCAAGACAUUGCAGUAGGUGAUGACCAGAACGGAUCUGGAAUAGAAUCACUAGACCAAAACAAUGCUACCGGUCGAACAGAAGGAGAAAACGAAAUUGAUAAAAAAGAAGGCGAUCUUGAUGCAGAUGUGGCCUUGAAGAAUGAAGAAUCUAUUGGAAAUGCUACUCACCAUGAUAGUGGAUGUGUAAACAUGCAGGUAUAUGAGGAGCUACCUGCUAAUGAAGUAAAUGGGAGUGGAAAAGAGGUGAAGGAACUUCCUCAGGCUGAGAACUCGAUCGAAGAGGUUCAUCAAAAUGGGGAUGAUAUGAUGGUUGAUGAACACAAGGAACUGGAAGACAAUACUGCAACUGUUAUCACUGAUGGUGAUGCGAGAUCGAAUGAGGUGUCAGAGACAAAAGACGAUGUUAAGAAUACUGCUACUGCAAAGAUGCCAGAGCCAGUAACUCCAAAUUUGCCGGUGAAAUCUGCCACUGCAAAAGCUGGACAGCAUACUGGGGAAGCAUCAAAUAAAAUAUUUGAUGAAGCAAAGAUGGAGGAUGAGGAUGAUGAAGAUGAGGAUUGGAGUGGUGAUGGAUCACCCGAGGACCAAGCAGCAUUUAUGAUAGAACUAGAAAGUUUUUACAGGGAGAGGGCGAUGGAAUUUAAACCACCUAAGUUUUAUGGGCAUCAACUUAAUUGCCUAAAGUUAUGGAGAUCUGUGAUCAGAUUGGGUGGCUAUGACCGGGUGACUGGAUCCAAGUUGUGGCGGCAAGUUGGCGAGUCGUUUAAUCCCCCCAAGACUUGCACAACUGUGUCCUGGACAUUCCGCAUUUUCUAUGAGAAGGCCCUUUUAGAAUAUGAAAGGCAUAAGACGCAAAGUGGCAAGCUUCGACUUCCUAUUUCUGCUCUUCCUGAGGCAGGUGUUGACAAUGAGGGAAAUGCUUAUCAAACUCCUGGAUCAGGCAGGGCGAGAAGAGAUGCUGCUGCUCGUGCUAUGCAAGGAUGGCAUGAGCAACGUCUUCUUGGUUGUGGCGAGGACAAAAAUGCCAACAGUACGCCAAAGCGUGAGAAGAAUCUCAAAAGCAUUGGUUCUCUUAAACACAAGAGACCAAAUGAAGUGGAAAAUCCUGCGAAAGCGGCACGAACUGAAACAUCUAAGCAGCUGGUCACAACAGUUGUUGAUUUGGGACCUCCAGCUGAUUGGGUAAAAAUCAAUGUGCGAGAAACAAAAGAUUGCUUUGAAGUCUAUGCUUUGGUGCCUGGGCUUUUGAGAGAGGAGGUGCGGGUUCAGUCUGAUCCUGCUGGCCGUCUGGUCAUAACUGGUCAGCCAGAGCAACUUGACAACCCUUGGGGUAUUACCGCCUUCAAAAAGGUAGUAAGCCUACCUGCUAGAAUCGAUCCACUCCAGACUUCUGCUGUUGUAAGUCUUCAUGGACGGCUCUUUGUUCGUGUACCAUUUGCACAGUGAAAUUUUACGACUCGAGGAAGUCUUGAACAUUUAGCUGAACCUGACAAAGCAUGGAUGCUGGUAGUUGACGAAUGUUGCUGAGUCGUCACAUUGUGAAUGCUAGGCCUUAGAUUGUCGGAGUUGUGUAUGUUUAGUUUAAUCAAAAUUAGUUGUUGACGCUCUGUGGGUCAAAACUGGCCCUGACAGCAAAGGAGGCACAUCAAGCCGCCCUGUAACACAUUUUUUACUCUGGGAUUGGGGUAAUUUAUGACUGGAAUAGCUAGGAUUUGUUUGUUGUUCUGAUGCUAAUGUCGAUACUAAUUCAUUUUCUAGUUAGCAUUUAUCAGUGUCUAUCUGAUAUGUCAAGCCUGACUUGAGGCAACUUAUUUGUUA